AUGAUAAUUUUUUUUGUCGUCUGCUUUUCUUUUUUUUCCCUGUUCGAUCCAACAGACAACAAACGUACGUUCGUAACAACAAUGAAAUUCUGGAAUGUUCUAGAAUAUGAAAACUUUGAAAAUGAAGACACUUUUCAUUAUCAUCGCCUCUCUUAUACCAAAGAGACUUAUCGAAUAGGAGUCUUUCGACUUGUGAUACCUUAA